AUGGCGGGCAAAAAGUUCUGACCUACUUUUAAGUGUCGGUAUUUUAAACAUUUUUGGGUCUUACUUAGGCGUAAUGGAAUAAUCAUCAACUUGACAGCGACCUGUUGCUUUUGAAGCACAUUCCAAGAUGGAUGUGAACGAAGACCACGUGCAGACCUUGAUGAAUAUGGGCUUUCCGAGUGAAAGUGAAAUUCGGCGUGCAUUAAAAUUAGGAAAAAAUGAUUUGAACGAAGCAGUGGCUAUUUUGACAAAUGAACAUCCAUCUAAUACCUUUGAUGCGAUAGAUGAUGUUGAGAUGAAAGACGUUGGAACUCGAGGGAGUGACGUGCAAGGCCCUGUUCAAGAGUUCCACCCUCCAUUGGCACCCCCUUCUUAUGAUGAUGUUGUUGAAACUGAUAAGGAUAAUACUGUGAGUGAAGCAACUACAGAGGAACCGGCAAUAGACAACUCUGAAGCUAUGGAGUUCCCAGUGACCAAUCUCUAUGAACUAGAGGGGCGUGUCUUUACUGACCAAUGGUCUAUCCCCUAUAAGAAGGAGGAGUCUCUAGGGAAAUGUCUAGUUGCAUCUACAAGGCUUGCCGCUGAAGGAUUAUGUGAGACAGAUGAUAACUGUGUGCGGUUCAUGGAUAGGUGUAUGCCGGAGGCACUGUCAAAGCUGAUGACAUCAGGUGCUGUACAUCGCUGGGGCUCUGAGAUACAAGAUGGCAUCUACAAUAUGUGUCAGCUAUUUGUUGACCUAGCUGCUACACGAUUGGUCUAUGAACCUGUCCCUAUCAACUUAUUAGAGGUCUUGGCAAUGGCCCUCAACCCAGGUAAUGAAUUUCACUACAAGAACAGAUUCAGGAAACCAGAGCAGCUUUUUUGGCAAGAAAAGUAUGGUGACGAGGCCUUGUUUUCCAUCUCAAAUGUCAACGCAAAUAAAGAUCCAUAUGGACUUCUUAGGAAUUUGAUCAACAGGUUUGGUUGGAAGAAAGGGUUCGACCACAUGAAGACUUUGUUGGCUGCUGAGAAGCUUGAUGCUCCUGCCAUGUCUGCCUUGCUAGCCCCUCUAGGCCAAUGUGCUGAGUAUCUAAAUGGCAAGAGUGUCCAGCCUAUGUUAGCCACAGGAAUGGAGAGAGCAGUGAAAUAUGUACAGGGUCUCAAAGAAGAUGAGCUCAAAGACAAGAAAGUUGGUUGUGUCAAUGAGAUGCUGGCAUCCAUCAAGCUGCUGUGUUUGAGUAUUUGGCCCAAUGAUGUGCAGGCAGUAGACACACUGAGACUGGAUUUUGCCCUUCGUAUGUUAAAGUCGCCACAUUUCAAUGCAAGGAUGAAUUCUCUCAAAGUGAUCUCAAAGUUAAUUGAAGAUGCCAUCAACAGUAAACAACCUAAGACUGCCAUUGACCAGGACACAAUCACAGACUGGCUCUCAGAAAACAAAAUAUUAUCAGUUGCUUUGGAAGGUAACAUAGACCAAGUCCAGUACUGUGAGAGAGUGAAGGGAAUUGUGGACUUUCUGGGCUCACGUCUCUCCCUUGAUGAACUAAGCAAAAUAUGGAAAAUGCAGGAUGAUGAGACCAAUCAGGUGAUAGAUAAUAUUCAUGGCAUCAUAGCCGCAGCAGGGGUGAAAUUCAACACAGAACAACUGGAACAUCUCUUUGUCCUCAUGCAGAAGAGUUGGAAAGAUGAGAAUGAUAGGAUGAGAGAUAAACUGCUCAGUUUGAUUGGAAAGAUUGGACGUGAUGCCAAAGCACAGAAAACAACCACACGUGUAUUAGAGUUACUCUGGGACCUAGCUCACCUCCCUUCUCUGCCGACAGAUCUUAUAGAACAAGCUCUGGAGGAACAUCUUAUAAUCCUGUGCGACUCAUGUACAGUCAAGGAGCAACUUAAGAAAAACUAUGUUGUUAAAUGUAUUGAGGAUAUCAAAAAGGGUGUGUGGGUAUUGCCAGCCCUGAAACAGCUACUACAUAUAUCCAAGAACAUUGCCAAGAGCAGCUUCCACAAGUCAGAUAAGGGUUUUCUACACGAGCUCAAUAAAAACCAUGACAUCAUUAAGUUGGUGACACGUAGCCUUGUAGAAUGCCAUAAACUUGCAGUGGAGUCGGCUUGUAAUUUAGGAACGGAUUUAGCUCCAUUGACCUUAAUAGAUGGCAGAUACGAGCACAGAGACUACAUGACGACACACCUAAACUUCCUUCAGUUUAUUCUACAAGAGGGAGUAUUGUACCUUCACUGGCACAGGGCCCGCGAAAUCUGGGAAACCAUGGCUGCCAAUCCCAGUGCCUGCUACGAGGACAUGGAGACUUGCUUUGAAUGGUUCACAAGAGGAAUAUCUGAUCUGGAGGCAGACACACAGGCUAACCUCUUCGAGAAGGAAAUCUUAAGGCUUGAUCCUACAAAAAUUAGUGUGAAAGGGUUUUACUGCUUCAAGAAUUUCUUUGAACAAGUCAACUUGUAUGACCAGAAAUUGCGGAAGUCUGGAAGUACAAUGAUAGUUGAAAAGAUGGAUUUGAAAGGGAUCGAUUACCUGUGGGAGGUUUGCCUAAACACAUCAGAUACUGAGAUAGCUUGGAUGGCAAUCAAACUCCUACUUAAAAUGUCCUAUACUGAACUCAACGCUAAACUGAAAAAAGAUCCAGUAGGUCUGCAUAAGAAGUUUACCAAAGAGUGUUAUUCACGCCUAGAGGCUGCCAUGAUUACAAUGGGUGGGACAGCUAUUGCUCAGACUAUUGCUUUUGCAACCAGGAUCAUUACUGCUCCCACUGUACCUGAGGUUGCUAGUGUACCCUCUCCAUCCAAGUCUGCCAAGCUGUUGAACAUAGAGCGUCUUUUGUUGAUUGCUGAGCGAUACAUCAUGACAGUAGAGGACACCCACACUACCCAGCGUACGAUUCUUCCACAUGGUACAUCAUUUCAGGGUCAACCAAUCACACUCUACAUUUCAUGUGAAUCACCCAAGACAGAUUUCUCACAAGUCGCUCACACUAAUGAGAGGCUAGGCUCAGUGCGUCAGAAGAUAGCCACCACCAUGGGAUAUGCUCCAGAACAAAUACAGAUACUAGCUAAUGAGAAAAUGUUAAGCCAAAGCAAAGACCAAAAAGUUUUACAUCAGUUAGAUUUCACGGAUAACCAGUUUAUAAGUGUACGGGCCUUCAGUUCCACAGUUGCAGUACAGAAUAACCAAUCGAAAGAGGGUGUGAGUGGAGCUAGUGCCUCUAAGAGUGGCUAUGAACUGGAGCAGGAGAAACAGCUCCCUGGAGUGCAGAUGGCAGCCAUGGGAGGGCAUGUCUUUGACACACUCUACCAGUUGGCCGACCAGGAUGAGUCCAGGAUUACAAGUAGAGUACGUGAACUGCUGCAGUUGAUUCCCACAGACCCCUCUGUCCAAGAUGCUCUGGACUCCAUUGGACCAAGUUACCUGAGGCAGCCAUCCCCGUCACCAGAAGCUGCGAGUCCUAAGCAGAGUCCACGGGCAAGCCCCAGAAAAUAUACGUUCCCGUCACCACAACUAAGCCCCAAGAUUUCUCCCCGGGAAAUCAUCCAGUCUCUGUUUGAUGCUUCCUCCACAGACAUGUCAACAUUCAGAGUCCUCUAUAACCUCCAGGUCUUGAGUAGUAAACUGAUGCCGGUAACAAAUGACAUAGCAACCAUACAAAGUGCCAAAAAUUUUUACGAUGACUUCCUCAAUGCUGGGGGUCUCAACCUAGUCAUUAACGUCCUCCAGAGGGACGCGAUGCCAUCUGAUGUAGGGUACGAAACACGACAGGGAUGUUAUGCAAUAUCAUUGCAACUUGCGAGAUAUCUCUUGUGUGGUCAAACAAUUACUGGAGAGGAGCCCAGUUCUUUUACAAGACAACCAAGCAUGAAAUCGAUAAAAUCUACCCGUUCUGUGCGCUCUACACGAUCUACAAGGUCAAAGAGUGCAAGUAUCUCUAGUACAUCUAGUCUCACUAUAGAUGUCACUCCCAGUGCUGCAAGCAAAGCAAUACAGACUAUGGGUGUACAAGAUUUUACGGAAACUGUAGCAUGCCUUAUGCGGGUCACAUGGGCAGCUGCGGCUGGGAGGUUACAUCUUGUCAGUUCAGCACAGCCAAUCAGAGAGAGUAUGUCAAGCAUGACUGGACGUAGAAGCAGACAAAGUAGUACCAGUAGCAACACAAGUACUGGCAGCAGUGAGAGUGAGAACCAGACUUUACAUGCUGGUGUAUGUGUGAAACAAAAGGAUAUAUCUCCCAAAGAUUCCAAUAUAGCAAAGGAAGCUUUAGAACUCCUAGUUGCAUGUCUACAGAUGAGGCACCAACUCUUAGCAUCAUUCUAUGCACUACCAUGUGUGAGUGACUUCAUCAUAGACAUCCUGGUUGGAGCUACCCCCAGGGAGAUCAGGGACGCAGCCCUAGAGCAGUUGUGGGUGCUGGCCUGCUCUGAGAUGUCCCCCAUUGAGGGGGGUCACCAACAGUCUCCCCACCAGUUUAUCCUUGGGGUAUUGCUUAAAGCACGACUCCCACUGUGGGUCACAUCAUGUAACACUAGAGGUGCUAGUCAAAAAAUGCUUAGUCAGUGCUCCCAGUACUUUGAUCUCAGAUGUAAGCUAUUAGAUCAUCUAACAGCGGACCAGCAAAAGAGACUUCAGAUCAAUGCCAAGUCUAUGUUAGAUGAUGAACUUGAUUGGUUGGAUAACUUCGUGCCUAGUGAGCAUGCCCAGCUGAGAGAGACUGACAAUAUGUUGCUUGCUGGACAUAUACAGCUCAUCAAAACACUGUUCACCUGUGAAGGCGUGGACAAAAAGUCAAAUGGUCCAAACCUUAUAAAUAACAUACUAGGGUCAUUCUUAUUCCCUGCUGCCAAAGCUAUCCUCACUGAUGUAGAACAGGCCAACGCACAGAAUGUCAAUGGACACUUCAUACCAAAAUGUUCAGAUGAGCAGUCUAAGAAGGCAGCAUAUCAACUCCUUAUUGAACUAGCAGACCAAUGCAGCAGCAAUCUUGAUGUGAUAUGCCAUCUACUUCUGGACAUGCAUCACCAGUUUGAGCCUGAGACAGCACACAACUGGGAGUAUGAGCCACCUGUAGAUGGCCGCCCAGACAGAGGCUUUGUUGGGCUGAAGAAUGCGGGUGCGACGUGUUAUAUGAAUAGUGUGCUGCAGCAGCUGUAUAUGCAGCCAGGAAUACAUGAGGCCAUACUUACCAGUGAGGAUGGUGACACUGAGGAUGAGGAUACCGUGUUCUACCAGAUCCAACAAAUGUUUGGACACCUCAUGGACAGUAAACUUCAGUACCACGAGCCUGAAAAAUUCUGGAAGUUGUUCAAACUGUGGGGCCAAGUUGUGAAUGUACGGGAGCAGCAAGAUGCCUUUGAUUUCUAUACAGCUCUCACUGACCAAUUAGAUGAACAUUUGAAGAAAAUCGGGCGUGACCAGAUAUUUAAGAAAAAGUUUGGAGGUAUCUACUCUGACCAGAAGAUAUGCCAGGACUGCCCUCAUAGGUAUGAGAGAGAAGAACCAUUCUUUGCUUUGAACCUGACUGUGAAGAAUGCUACUUUGGAAGACUCCUUAGACCAGUUUGUUAUGGGGGAACUACUGGAUGGUGACAAUGCUUACUUCUGUGAGAAAUGUGGAGAAAAGCGUAAUACUGUAAAGAGAAUGUGCAUAAAGACUCUACCCCCAACAUUAUGUAUUCAACUCAAGAGAUUUGGCUACGAUUGGGAAGCAAAUCGUGCGUUGAAAUUUGACGAUUAUUUCAAAUUCCCAUGGGUACUCGACAUGGAACCAUAUACAGCAGAGGGAAUGGCACGUUUGGAAGAGCAAGAAAAAGAAGAACAAAACCAACCUUCAACUCCUUCAAAAGAUGGAACUUCAGGGAAUAUUAUAACAACAGGAGCAAGGGCCUCUAUGGCAGUGAAUUAUGAACUUGUAGGUGUUGUUGUUCAUAGUGGUCAAGCCAAUGCUGGUCAUUACUAUUCCUUCAUAAAGGAGCGCAGGGGUACAUCACUUACAAAUGAGAACAAAGGAAAGUGGUUCAAGUUCAAUGACCAAGUGGUUGAGGAGUUUGACCUGAAUGAUGAAACUUUAGAAGCUGAAUGCUUUGGUGGAACAUAUCGGGCAAAGGUCUAUGACCAAUCGAGCAGUUACCCAGAAGAGAGGCAGCGCUAUUGGAAUGGCUACUUACUAUUCUAUGAGAGGAUGGAAGAGAUCAGAACACCUGUGUCAGCCAAGAAGAGUAAAAUCACAAUGUUUGCCAAGAGAGAGCAUAAGACUCCAGGUAGAAGCAGUGACAGUCUCAGGGAACUAUCAGAACUUGUACAUAAAGGUGAAAAACGAGGGAUUUUCUCAGACAGUAUGCCAGCACGAAUACAGCGUGGAAUUAGGGAUGAAAAUCUCAAGUUCAUGAAAAACAAAAAUGUUUAUAAUGAUGACUAUUUUACCUUCAUGAAGGACUUCGUCUCUAGAAAUUCCGAAUAUGUCAAGGAUGCUGCCUAUACAGACAUGUGCCUUCAGUCUCUACAACUAGGCAUACAUUUUCUCUUCAAUACCUAUCUCAAAACUAAAAGGAAGAAAAGGUUGAUCAUAGAUGAAUGGGUGAAUAUCAUUGAUACUCUAGUCUACAGAUGUAAGGCAGCAUGUAACUGGCUGGUGCAGUAUCUAGCAAUAGAACAGGGAAAGACUUAUAUUAAGCCUUUCCUAUUAGAAUGCCCAAAUAAGGACGUCAGGGUGGCAUUUUCCCGCAUCUUGGAACAAGUCAUGAGCAGUUAUUUCAAACAUAAAGGAGUUGCUACUCACAAGUGUUUUGACGAACUGCUUGAAAUUCUGCUCAGCAUGUUGAAGAAGGAUGUAGAAGACAAUAUAAAAACAUGUACCCAGUAUUUCUGGUUACUCAGUAUGUAUGUUCAUCAGGGGACCAAAGCAUGCGCUCACAUGUUUGGCAGAAAUGGAUUUGUACGACUUGUCAACUUCCUGUUAGGACCACAGUCCAAAGAACCGGAGUCUCCCAACAGAAGAUGGAGUUCUAUGCAAUCAAGGGACUUUGGCUACCUCCAUGAAGCUUUAGCAACUCUUAUCCUGAACUGUGAUGUUUCUGGGUACAGGACAGAUGAUCCUGGUAAAUACCCUGAAAGGAAACCCUCCACCUCUCACCCCACCAUCUUCCUGAAGAUGUCGACAGAGAUGCAUAAGAAAGUCUUCGGGGAUGAUUCUAGUCGUUAUGUUCGUGAAGUCAUAUUGGCGGUGCGCGAGAUGAACUCCAGCCUCAGUGUGAUAACAGACAUGAUUCUAUACUGCUGUUAUUGCAACGCUGCAUUCACUAUGGCCGUUCUUAGGCAAAUUAUGCUUCAAUAUACCAAUGCCCCCUCAAAUGAGUUGAAGAACCUGUUCUCUGUGCUGUCAGAGCUGCUGUCCAUGGAGGACCCAUUACAGAUGAAGAGACUCCAGUGCAUCAUAGAUGGCUACAUUGAUGAGACAAAUACUAACUAUGAAGGAAUGCUUGCGGUUGUGAAGAUCAACCACAACAGUGACAGCAGGAGAUCCUACCAGUGUAUAAAGUUCCUGGUGGCCCUCACCAAUAAAUGUACCCUCGCCAAGGACUAUCUCAUACAAACACCCACCAAGUGGCAAUGGGCAGUCAACUGGCUCAAGAAAAAGAUGUCUGAGUACUCCUACUGGACCCCUCAGAGCACAUGUACCACCUCAAAUGAAGACUCGGGUAGUAAAAGCUUUCAAAGAACAAUCAGUGCACAGGACACAUUGGCUGAGGCCACUGCUCUUCUGACAGAGUUUGAAAACCAUGAAAAUGGGAACCAAGAGAAUGGGAACAUUGUUGAUAUGGACAUAAAUGGAAGCAGUCCAGAGAGCAAUGAGACAUCAACAGAGGAGGUUAGCUCCCAAGAUUCAACAGAGACGAUAAAAUACACACCUGAUGAAGUAGAAAGUGAUCGACUGUGAUGAUAUCUACACAAAUGUGCAUUUACAAAAUCAUUUCCCUGAAUGGAAUGUAAUUUAGCCACUUAUUUGAUACAAAGUAAUACCAGCAAGCUAUAUGUAUAUGCAAUUGAAAUAUUGAUGAUAUUUUUGGAAUUAUACAUUCUGAACUCAGGAAUAAUAACUUAAACUGCAACAACAUGGGGUAUUUUAAUGGAAGUUAUCAGAGUUUAUUCACCCAACAAGGCUCUCACCAGGAAUUUAGGGUGUGGAGGAAACAUCCUCAGCAUAACCGUUCAAUCGUGAUAAAUCAUAUCUAUGUUACACUUCAAUCUUUUUACACGCUAUUAC